UGAGCCAGAUAAGCCAAUGAUUUCCGCCUUGGACAUGGGUAUUACCCAGGAAAAUGAGGAUGAAAUGCCAAGCUUUGAAGUGCAAAUGUCAGAAGACGAGGAAGAUUUGGAUGCCCAAGAACCCGGGCCCUCUUCCGCUUUCAUGGGGGUUACUGGCGGUCAGCAACUUUCUCCUACACCUAACCGUGGGUCCGACGACUCCGCCUCUUCCAGUUUGGAGACCAGCAUAAGGGUUACUGCCGGUGAGGAACUUUGUCCCACACCUGUCCCUGGGCCCGCCGACUCCGCCUCUUCCAGUUUGGAGACCGGCGUUAGCGAUACUGCCGGUCAUCUCACACCUGUCCCUUGGCCCCACGACCCCCCCUCUACCAGUGCGGAGACCAGCGUUAGCGAUACUGCCGGUCAUCUCACACCUGUCCCUGGGCCCCACAGCUCCAGCACUUUACGUGGCCCUACUGCUGGUCAGGUGCUGCUUUCCACCCCUCUUCGUGGGUCCCCCAAGUCUGUUUCAAGUUGCCAAGGCUGCAAGGACCUCUCUGUCAGGGUGCUGCAACUGGAAAAAAAAGUGGAGACAUUAAUGGGAGGACAUACCCCGACACGCAGACCAUUUAAACUAACGCUGUCUGCACAAAAAGGAGAGCAUGUCAACAAGGUGACAAAGGGGGAUCAUUUAUUUGACAGGAUUCUGAAAGAUUUCCAGAAGUUUAGGCUGGGCUCUAGAUCCGGAAAGAAAGACGCGGAAAAUGCUCGUCAGUCAGCGAGCCAUGGUCUGCGUUUCUGCAUGUAUAUGGCUUCUGGACUACCUACAAGUGCUAUUGCUGAGGACCUAAAGUUCCUGACACAAAUCGACAAAUUGCGGGGUUUAACGGCUUACCUGUCCAACAAAGGCUACGCCCCAACAACAAUCAAAAAUAUGCUCAACAAUAUCAUCUUGUUUCUCCGCCACGUGGAAAACACAUUUCAAAAGGCCAGCAAGCUCAGCAAGAAGCACUUUCAAACACUGCAUUAUGAGCUGAAAAGGAUCGUGGCAGAUGUCCACAAAAAAUUAGUCGUCCAUCGCCAAAAGGUGUUACGCGUAAAGACAGACAAUCAGCUUAGCGCUAUGAAUGAAAACCAAUUCAUGAUUACCGCCAGGCGACGUAUUCCGCAACUGAUUGAAAGCGUACCUUGCCAUGAGGGGGAGGAGCACUCGAUUCUGAUGGGAUACAUCAUGGGCUACCUGGCCAUGCUUAGUGGACACAGAUCCAUUGCCAUCAACAACUUGACCAAGCAGCAGGUCAUCAACUGCGAGAGUUGGAAGGAUGGCAAGCACUUCCAAGUUCUGGUGGAUGACCACAAAACUGUGGCCACUUUUGGACAAGCGGCAUUUGCCCUAAACAAGGAGGAGUAUAGCUGGCUUGAAUCUUUGGCAAAAGGUUCUUGCUGUGAGCCAGGCAAGAAGGGAAAGUACAUCUUCCAUUCAGCGCUUGGCAAGCAGGUCCAGAAGCCUGGAAACCUCCUCAAUCUGGCUUGGGGGGAUGCCGGCAUGCAGGGAAGCAUCACUUUUAACCAGAUCCGGAGCAGCGUCUCCACUCAAGCCAGCCAACACCUCACCGAGAAGGAGCGUAAAGAGGUGGCAAAAUCCAUGUGUCAUGACCCCACCACGGCAGAUAGAUUUUAUGUUGCUCUGCCAGACAAAGAGGCCGCAUUCAACACCAGAAACCUCCGGCUGAAAGCACUGAUGAGCGCUGUGGAUCAUGAUGAAGAUGAAGCUGAAGAUGAGGAUAAGGAAGGGGAAGAGGAAGCCGGCAGCACAAGUUCCAGUGAAGAAGAACCCCCUUAUGAUGACCGCACGGAGUCAGAUUCAGCUCCCUCUGAGGAGGAGAUGGCAGAAUGGAGAGAAUGGAAGAAAAUGACUCAGAAAACCUCCAAAAGAAAAUUGUUCCUUGGGGAUCAGCAAACUGGAUUAAAUACGACCAAGAAGUGUAAGAUAGUGGUUAAAAAACUUGGGACUCCAAUUGCGAAGUUUUACAUGAGUAAAGCCACUGUCUCCAAGCCUCUGGAAACAGCCCCUGUAGAGCUGGCUCCAGGGCCUGCGCCAGCACCCCCCAAAAGACUGGAGGAAACCCCAGCAGCGGAAGAAGGCCCGGCAGCGGAAGAAGGCCCGGCAGCGGAAGAAGGCCCGGCAGCGGAAGAAGGCCCGGCAGCAAAAUAAGGCCCAGGAACUGAGGUUUUUUUAGUAAGAGUGGUGAGUUCAAAGAAACUACUUCUUUUGUUUACACUUUAAAAAAGAAUUUCACUGGAACUUUUUUUUGUUUUCUCUCUUUUUGGGAAGGCAUGGUGAUUUUUGUUUGGUGGACAAUUUAAUUUUUUACACUAACAAUACUUUGGAUUUAAUGCAUAAUUAAUGGCACUUUAUUUUUAAGGCUUGGUGAUAUUUUUUUGGAGGAAAAUUUAUUUAAUUUUUUCCACUAACGAUACUUUGGAUUUUAUGCAUAAUUAAUGGCACUUUAUUUUUAAGGCUUGGUGAUAUUUGUUUGGUGGACAAUUUAUUUAAUUUUUUUCACUAACGAUAUUUUUGAAUUAUUGCUGAAUUUUUAGUUUUUAUGGCACGUCAUUUUUGUGCACGGGUUCAGGUUUUAUUGCUGAAUUUUUACUUUUUACAGCACUUUAUUCUUUUGCACAGGUUCAUUUUUUGUGGAUAAAUAAAUCUUCAUAAAUGUU